CCUGACGCCAUCAUUCCUUGUUUGCAAUCACGACUCACGAGCGCGUUUUUCUCACGACUCCGACGAAGCCGUUGGAAUCCGUUACAGUCGUACUGUACGGUAUUGUCAUUACUCCAUUUGCUUUCGCCGACAUUGCUUACACAAAACUAUAAAACACGUAAAAAAAAGUAAUAAUGAAUGUACCUGAUGAUGUACCUACGUUCAAAUGUGUAUUGGUUGGUGAUGGAGGUACUGGCAAGACAACAUUCGUUAAGCGUCAUUUGACGGGCGAAUUUGAAAAGAAAUACGUUGCCACGUUAGGAGUAGAAGUACAUCCAUUGGUAUUCCAUACCACUCGUGGUGUUAUUCGAUUCAAUGUUUGGGAUACUGCAGGACAAGAGAAAUUUGGAGGUCUUAGAGACGGAUACUAUAUUCAAGGUCAAUGUGCUGUCAUUAUGUUUGAUGUUACCAGCCGUAUCACUUACAAAAAUGUACCCAAUUGGCAUCGAGAUUUGGUGAGAGUAUGUGAAGGCAUUCCGAUUGUGCUCUGUGGCAACAAAGUGGAUAUCAAGGAUAGAAAAGUAAAAGCUAAAGCAAUAGUUUUCCACCGCAAGAAGAAUUUACAGUAUUACGAUAUUAGUGCAAAGAGUAAUUACAAUUUCGAAAAACCAUUCCUGUGGAUGGCCAGAAAAUUAAUCGGCGAUCCCAACCUCGAAUUUGUUGCAAUGCCUGCUCUUGUACCCCCAGAAAUUAAGAUGGACCCUCAAUGGCAAGACCAAAUUGAACAAGACCUUAAGGAGGCUCAAGAAACUGCAUUGCCUGACGAGGAUGAAGACUUGUAAUUUAUUAGUCCCCCAUAAUUCAAUGAUUUGUCUGUUAACUGUAUCAAUUAAUCAAUUAUCUUGCACAUUAAGUUGAAUCUUUUUUUUUAUAUAUACUUAUUUAAUAAUAAACUGCCUGUAUUUUUCCAACAAACAAAAACAAAAACAAAAAUAGUUAAUUAUUAUUUAUCUCUAAAAAUCAGAUUUUUCAUAAAAUGUACAGUUUAAUUUUAUUUAAUUAUUUUUGUUUUGUAAUUUAUGUCAUAGUAUAUGUGGCUUAUUAUGAACAUUUAAUUACAUUCAGUAAAUACCAACAGAAUUA